AUCGAAUAUUUUUACAACGAUAAGACUUUAGGUUCAAGUAGUCUAACUAUAAAACAAGAUACUAGGACGUCAUUAACAUCAUUAAUAUAGAUAACAGUGUCAAAUGUUCAUUAUUUUCAUCGUGUUUACAAUAUUAGUCGUGGUGCUCGAGUGUAUUAUUAAUUCAAAAUUAAUUAAACAUUGGAAGCGUUAUUUUUUAGCCUAUUACACUUAUUAAAAAUGUUUUACUAUAUUAGAAUUACGGUUUGUGUGGUUUUUUUAAUAUUGUAUCUUGUUCCCGAAAAUAGUGGAACAGGAGCAAUGAACUCCGAGCAAUAUCUGUACGACUUCACGAAGACAGAUGGGGUCGACAUGUGGGUAGAGCAGUCAGAUACAGUACGAGACGUAGGGAUGUCUAAGGCGGUGUUGGUGAUACACCAAAAUAUAGGAUUCCGGAGAGCUAUAUUCUUCGCUUUACUUAAUCCUCAACCGAACGGAGCUGGAUUUGCUGGAAUUCGGGUUCUUCGGAGAUAUGAUCUUACUGGUCACACGAUGCUUCAGAUACAAUGCAGAAGUCAAGGACAGUAUAACGGCUUCAAAAUUGUUAUGAGACACAGAGGAUUAAAUGAUGAGCCAAACUAUUCAUUUGAACAAAUAUUCCAGGCACCCAAAGAUGAAUUUGCUGUGCGCGAACUGCUUUUCUCGGAUUUCAAAGCUUACUACAGAGGGAAAAGAGUAGGAAAUGAAACUUUGGACAUAUCGCAAGUGUCUAGUAUUGGUUUUCAAGUUUAUGGCGGAGUUUAUCAACCAGUGAAACAAAAAGGACCAGCCACAUUGGAAAUAGAUUGGAUAAAAGCAGUUUAAAAAUUAUAUUAAUUGAUAACAUCAUGUUUUCUAUAGCUAUUGUUGAUAUGAUUGUAUACCUACGUAUUACGGCUGAAUGGAGGGUAUGUAAAGGAUUUGUUUUGUCCAACUCAAAGACAAUAGGGCAAAGAGUAAAGAGUGUGUGUUGUAGAGGUAUCUAAGGAAAACAAAUGAAUUUUUAUCAACGUUUUAUUAUCUAGAAUAGUUAUUGCUAGAUAACCUAAAAAAACAGUAUACACACAAAUCCCUUAAAAUAAAAUGUUUUCCAGUA